GCAUUUGUUGGUACGGGGAGACGCACUUAUUAUCGCCUUCAUCGCGAUCACCCUUACUCUGGUCUCGAGAGAAAGAGGACGUCGCGUAUGUACACGCAAAGAAAGCACUGUUUUUAUCUGUCCGCAACACGCGAUAGCUUUUUGAUUGCCACUGGCGAUAACACGAAGAGCGCGUCGAUACUUGAUAGCUUAGCUCGAGAAGAGGCAUCUUGGCUUCGAACCGUCAACUAGCAAGUGCCACAUACAGUAGAUUUUACGAUGUUUGUCGAGCCGAGCAAUCAGUCAGGCUUAACGGGUAUAGCUACUAAGUGCGGAAAGACGUCCCUAUUGACUCCGUACAAGGGCACGGCUUACUGGACGAGCGAGGUUAAAAUGUAAGAGGCUCGUAAUUUGUGCGUUACCACUUCUGGCUGCGGGAGUGCACGUCUUGUGUGACAGGUGGCCAGCAUGUUAGCGUAACCGUGCAUACUGCCAUGAUCCGCGAAGACGUUCGUCAAUCCUCAAACGAAAGUGUGAGGGUUAGUGAUCCAUCGGCAUCGCUGCCGUCGCAAGGAUCUGCAGACCGUUCCACAACCGUCACCUUCAUCGGACAUGACAGUAGUUCGAGCUGUGUCCAAGCCAUGGAAGACGCAAUAGGACCCAGUCAAGAUGAAUCUCCAAGAUCUCCGUCGAACGAGCUCACGCAGUCCGAAAAGCUCAUUGUCCAGUUGUUCCUGGAAGAAGCCGAAAAAAAGCAACGUGUAGCCGCUGGAGAUCUGAUUGAACCUGACGAGGAAUCGGAACGGAUUCGUUCUGUGUCAGAAGGGCUGUGGACCAGGAGUUCGUCUUCCGCGGCUCCACCGCCGCCGCGGCUGCAUCUGAGUGAUUUGUUGGUUCCUUCGACGUUCGUAUGCUUUCUGGUGGGUGCCGUGCUGGUGCUGGAUGUGAUGCUCAUCACACGCUAUUAUGAAGGAAGGACAGGAUUGUUUUUCGCAAUGAUGGGAUUCUUGCACGCGCCUUGUGUGCCCUUCUUCGUGUUCAGGAUGUAUUUUCUGGUGGUGCGCUCGACUGUGACGACAACGUUCAUCAAAGUGGUGGUGGGGGUGUGGUACGUCGUGACGUUCCCGUUCUUGCACCUGUUGCCGAUGCUCAUGUUGGCGUCUGCGGCAUUCGACAAAGCGCUUAUGAUUUUGGGUGAUCCGUCGGACACGCGGACAUUCGUCAACCACCAAGAAGAGAUAGCAUUUGGAGACCUCGUGUGGGUGGCCGUCGUUCAUUGUUUCCCUCAGGGUGUUCUCCAACUCUACCUUCUUCUCUUCCAGACAGGACUGCAUAGAGUGGGACGAGAUUAUACUGCACUUCUGCAAUUGCUGUGCACUGCCUGCUGUAUUGUUCUAAUCGCAUCGAUAGCCGCCUUCUACACCAAGUACGUCCCUCUGCACCACGAUGAAGACACAGACUGUUCUACUACAUGCGAUACAACGUUCGAUGGCUACCACGACCCAGCAUCAGCGUCCUUCCUCAAGCUUCUAUCCUGGAUCUUCCUCAUCACAGCCAGAGUGCUCGCUGGCGCCACAAUAGUAUUCUCUUUUCCUAGCGUAUAUGUUGUCGGUCUUCUAUUUCUGCACGUUCCUUUUGUCAUAAUAUGGUCGUCUCUGUCGCAAACCACGUAUACUUUAAAGAACUGUCUCCGGGACUUGUCGUUCGGUGUUAUCACCAUGAUCAUCGUUCUCAACUACCAGAAUUCGCGAAGGGAAGGUCUAGCAACAUUAAUGGCGUCCGUCUUGUUUGUGAUAGCGAUCUUCUUGGAGGACACAGUGUGUUUAGUCGUGACUUAUUUUACGACGAAUAUCGAACAGAGUGUCGCUCUGGUUCUCGUCUGUACUCACUACGCUCUCAUGGCAGUUGGGUUGCUGCUCUUCAUGGGUCACCUGAAGGCGAAAUCCGCAAGAAAGACCGCGAUACGAUUGUGAAGAAUAUAUUUAUUCAAUGUUUUGCUAUUUUGUCCCGAUGGUCGCAUUUAUUUUAUCGGGUUUGUUUUUAGCAUUCCUUUUCAGUGUUUGCUAGCAUGGGGGGAAAUGAAGAGGGGUUAUGCAUGCCAUUGUGUUACUUGACUACUGAGCCACGCGGUAGUCAGGAGCUGAAUAUGCGUGGACCUCAGGAAGAGUUGUUUUAUAAAAUUUGCUAUCUUUUUACAUUAAACAGUAAUGAAGUGA